AUUAGGAGCGAAGAGAUUAAAGUGUCAAGGCGAAGCCACUGACACAGCCACAGAUAUAGACGGAUUGACACGCAGUCUCUCUCUCUAUCCGCUGGUUUGCCCUAAUAAGAGGUGCUAAUGUCGUGGUUGAGAUCCGUGGUGAGCAAAGCCGUCGAGGUCGGUGGCAAGAACGACCUCACUCGCACCGUCAGGAGCUAUGCCGAUUCCGUAGUCCAACACGCCGGUCAAGCUGUUGUUGAGGGCGCUAAGAUUCUACAGGAUCGCAUUGGCGUAAGGAAUUUCAAGAAUCUUAGUCAUACUAUGAAGAGAUUGGAAGAAGUUUCUAUAUCUUGCAGGGGACUAGAAAGAAUUCAGUUGUUGAGAAGAUGGUUAGUUGCAUUGAAAGAAUGUGAUAGACAAUCUGGAAGCUCUCAUAAUGAUAAAGAAAAAGUUCAUGAACAACAUCAGGAUUCGGUUGAACCUAUAGAUUCUGCAAGAAGUCCUUUGGUUAUGUAUUAUGAUUCUGAUUUGGGAGGUGAACCACUGAACUUCCGUGAUGUAUUCCUUCAUUGUCAAGCUCUUGAAGGCAUAACAUUGUCUAUGAUUCUUGAAACACCAAACGAGGAAGAGGUUUCUCUACUUCUGGAGAUAUUUAGCCUGUGUCUCACUGGAGAAAAGGAAGUUCACAAAGCAGUAGUGAGUAGCAUACAGGAUUUAGCAAAAGUUUUCUCAGGCUACCAAGAUGAAGCAUUGGUAAAACGUGAAGAAUUGCUUCAAUUUGCACAAGGUGCUAUUUCAGGGUUGAAAAUUAAUGCUGACCUUGCAAGGAUAGAUACUGAAACUUCGAGUCUGCAGCAAAAAGUUAAUGGAAUGAGAGAAUCUCAGGUGUCCUCAACUGAAGGCCAUGCAGAGACACCUGAGAGAACAACCAUUGCUAUGUUAGGGGCUCUAAAAGAAGCACUUGCUGAAGUUCGACUUUGUUCUCGAUUGGAAGCACUCUUGCUGAAGAAAAAAUCACUGAACAAUGGGGACUCACCUGAGAUCCAUGCUCAGAAGGUUGAUAAAUUGAAAAUAUUAGCAGAAUCUCUUGCUAACUCCAUCUUGAAGGAUGAAAAGCGCAGUUCAGAUCACAGGCACCAGAAAGAAGAGGCUCUUAACUUUCGUGUGGCAAAAGCCAAUGAAGUUAGUGAACUUGAGAAGGAAUUAGCGGUUGAGAUUGCAAAACUUGAGAAGCAAAGAGAUGACCUUGAAGCUGAAUUGAAGAAGGUUAACAUCUCUUUGGAUGCGGCAUGGGCACGCCUUCGCAACACUAGGGAAGAGAGAGAUCAGUUUGAUGAUGCAAGUAAUCAAAUUGUUGCACACUUGCAAACGAAGGAAGAUGAGCUGUUUAGAUCCAUUGCUUCAUGUAGAUUAGAAGCAAACGUUUUAAAUACAUGGAUCAAUUUCCUGGAGGAUACCUGGGUUCUCCAGUCGUCAUACACAGAGCAGAAAGAGAAGCAGGUCAACGACGAGUUGGAGAGAUAUGGAGACUAUUUUAUUAAUUUAGUCACCCGUUACCUAUCUGUUUAUGAGGAUGAGUUGGGCCAUUCUAUCAGCCGCAUCAGGAAAUUUGUGGACAACUUGAAGAUUUUGACUGGGGGCAGGUCCGAGAUGCUGUCUGGUGUAGAUGGUGAGAGUGUAAAGGCUAUAGACCCACGAAAGAAUCUUGAAGAGGAAUAUCUAGACUAUGAAGCAAAGAUAGUAACUACCUUCAGUGUGGUGGAUAAAAUGAAAGAACAGUUUUAUGCUCUACUUGGAAAAAGUUGCAGGAAAGAUGAUCGAAAAGUCAAAGAGUUGCUUGGUUCCAUUGAAAAACUAAGAGAGGAGUUUGACUCCAUUGAGCGACCAAUCCUGGAGAUCGAGACUCCAUCCCCUAGGGAAGAGGAACCACCUAAUGAGAGGCUGGAGAAGACUCUAUCUCCUUCCCCUGCGCAGACCAUUCAUACAACUCCUCCUUUCCCUGUAGUGACUAUUGAGUCACUGCUAUCUAAGAAUGAUGAGCCUCCAAAAUCAGCCACAGUCAAAGCAGAGGAGCCAUUGGACCCUGAAGCUGAACUGGCAAAGCUGGAGUCAGAAAUUGGGAAUGUUAGCAGAGAUUAUACAGAGGAGAUUGGUGGUUGGGAAUUUGAAGAGCCGGAAAAAGAACUGAGAUCAGGUGACUCGGGAGCGAGCAAAUAAGACUAGGUUUCUCUGCUGAAAUGAGCACGUAUGGUAUUCAAUGCAUCUUCUGUAUACUGUAUGUAGAAAUUAUCCAUCUAUCACAAACCCCCCAAACGGUUGCUUUUGGACUGGGUAUAUUCAUUUGAAAUGAUGACCCACAUCAGCUGAUAUCUAUAUAAUCAGGUGUAAAUAAUUUAACUUGUAAUCAUGUAAUAUUUGUAAGUUAUUU